CGGGGGGAACCGUCGGACAUGCGGCUCUGGAGUUGGGUGCUGCACCUGGGGCUGCUGAGCGCCGCGCUGGGCUGCGGGCUGGCCGAGCGUCCCCGCCGGGCCCGGAGAGACCCGCGGGCCGGCCGAUCCCCUCGCCCCGCCGCCGGCCCGGCCACCUGCGCCACCCGGGCGGCCCGCGGCCGCCGCGCCUCGCCGCCGCCGCCGCCGCCGCCGGGCGGUGCCUGGGAAGCCGUGCGCGUCCCCCGGCGGCGGCAGCAGCGGGAGGCGAGGGGCGCCGCCGAGGAGCCGAGCCCGCCGAGCCGGGCGCUCUAUUUCAGCGGGCGAGGCGAGCAGCUGCGCCUCCGGGCCGACCUCGAGCUGCCCCGGGACGCGUUCACGCUGCAAGUGUGGCUGCGAGCGGAAGGGGGCCAGAGGUCUCCGGCAGUGAUCACAGGGCUGUAUGACAAAUGUUCUUAUACCUCACGUGACCGAGGAUGGGUCGUGGGCAUUCACACCAUCAGUGACCAAGGCAACAGAGACCCACGCUACUUUUUCUCCUUGAAGACAGACCGGGCUCGGCAAGUGACCACCAUCAAUGCCCACCGCAGCUACCUCCCAGGCCAGUGGGUAUAUCUAGCUGCCACCUAUGAUGGGCGGUUCAUGAAGCUCUAUGUAAAUGGUGCGCAGGUGGCCACCUCUGGGGAGCAAGUGGGUGGCAUAUUCAGCCCACUGACCCAGAAGUGCAAAGUGCUCAUGUUAGGGGGCAGUGCCCUGAAUCACAACUACCGGGGCUACAUCGAGCACUUCAGUCUGUGGAAGGUGGCCAGGACUCAGCGGGAGAUACUGUCUGACAUGGAAACCCAUGGCACCCACACUGCUCUACCUCAACUCCUCCUCCAGGAGAACUGGGACAAUGUGAAGCAUGCCUGGUCCCCCAUGAAGGAUGGCAGCAGCCCCAAAGUGGAAUUCAGCAAUGCCCACGGCUUUCUGCUGGACACAAGUUUGGAGCCUCCUCUGUGCGGACAGACGUUGUGUGACAACACAGAGGUCAUCGCCAGCUACAAUCAGCUCCCGAGUUUCCGCCAGCCCAAGGUGGUGCGCUACCGCGUGGUCAACCUCUAUGAAGAUGAUCAUAAGAACCCGAUGGUGACCCGUGAGCAGGUGGACUUCCAGCACCAGCAGCUGGCUGAGGCCUUCAAGCACUACAACAUCUCCUGGGAGCUGAAGGUGCUGGAGGUGAGCAACUCCUCCCUUCGCCGCCGCCUCAUCCUGGCCAACUGUGACAUCAGCAAGAUUGGGGAUGAGAACUGUGACCCCGAGUGCAACCACACGCUGACCGGCCAUGACGGCGGGGAUUGCCGUCACCUGCGCCACCCCGCCUUCAUGAAGAAGCAACAGAACGGGGUGUGUGACAUGGACUGCAACUAUGAACGGUUCAACUUUGAUGGUGGAGAGUGCUGUGACCCUAAAAUCACCGAUGUCACUCAGACUUGCUUUGACCCCGACUCUCCACACAGAGCCUACUUGGAUGUUAAUGAGCUGAAGAACAUUCUUAGAUUGGAUGGAUCAACACAUCUCAAUAUUUUCUUUGCAAACUCCUCAGAGGAGGAGUUGGCAGGAGUAGCAACUUGGCCAUGGGACAAGGAGGCUCUAAUGCACUUAGGUGGCAUUGUCUUGAACCCAUCUUUCUAUGGCAUGCCUGGGCACACCCAUACCAUGAUCCAUGAGAUUGGUCACAGCCUGGGCCUCUAUCACGUCUUCCGAGGCAUCUCAGAAAUCCAGUCUUGCAGUGACCCCUGCAUGGAGACAGAGCCCUCCUUCGAGACUGGAGACCUCUGCAAUGAUACCAACCCAGCCCCUAAACACAAGUCCUGCGGUGACCCAGGGCCGGGAAAUGACACCUGUGGCUUUCAUAGCUUCUUCAACACUCCUUACAACAACUUCAUGAGCUAUGCAGAUGACGACUGUACGGACUCCUUCACGCCCAAUCAAGUCGCCAGAAUGCACUGUUACCUGGACCUGGUCUACCAGAGCUGGCAGCCCUCCAGGAAACCGGCGCCUGUUGCCCUCGCUCCCCAAGUUGUGGGCCACACAACGGACUCUGUGACACUGGAGUGGUUCCCACCUAUAGAUGGCCAUUUCUUUGAAAGAGAAUUGGGAUCAGCAUGUGAUCUUUGCCUGGAAGGGAGAAUCCUGGUACAGUAUGCUUUCAACGCCUCCUCCCCAAUGCCCUGCAGCCCAUCAGGACACUGGAGCCCUCGUGAAGCAGAAGGUCAUCCUGAUGUUGAACAGCCCUGUAAGUCCAGUGUCCGCACCUGGAGCCCAAAUUCAGCUGUCAACCCACACACAGUUCCUCCAGCCUGCCCUGAGCCUCAAGGCUGCUACCUCGAGCUGGAAUUCCUCUACCCGUUGGUCCCUGAGUCUCUGACCAUUUGGGUGACCUUUGUCUCCACUGACUGGGACUCCAGUGGAGCUGUCAAUGACAUCAAACUGUUGACUGUCAGUGGGAAGAACAUCUCCCUGGGUCCUCAGAAUGUCUUCUGUGACAUCCCACUGACCAUCAGGCUCCAGGACGUGGGCGAGGAGGUGUACGGCAUCCAGAUCUACACGCUGGACGAGCACCUAGAGAUCGAUGCUGCCAUGUUGACCUCCACUGCAGAUACCCCACUUUGUCUACAGUGUAAGCCCCUGCAGUAUAAGGUGGUCCGGGACCCUCCUCUCCAGGUGGAUGUGGCCUCCAUCCUACAUCUCAAUAGGAAAUUCAUAGACAUGGAUCUAAAUCGUAGCAGUGUGUACCAGUAUUGGGUCAUAACUAUUUCAGGAACUGAAGAGAGUGAGCCGUCACCUGCUGUCACAUACAUCCAUGGAAGUGGGUACUGUGGCGAUGGCAUUAUACAAAAAGACCAAGGUGAAGAAUGCGAUGACUUGAACAAGAUCAAUGGUGACGGCUGCUCCCUUUUCUGCCGACAAGAAGUUUCCUUCAAUUGUAUUGAUGAACCCAGCCGGUGCUAUUUCCAUGAUGGUGAUGGGGUAUGUGAGGAGUUUGAACAAAAAACCAGCAUUAAGGACUGUGGUGUCUACACGCCCCAGGGAUUCCUGGAUCAAUGGGCAUCCAAUGCUUCAGUAUCUCAUCAAGACCAGCAGUGCCCAGGCUGGGUCAUCAUCGGACAGCCAGCAGCAUCCCAGGUGUGUCGAACCAAGGUGAUAGAUCUCAGUGAAGGCAUUUCCCAGCACGCCUGGUACCCUUGCACCAUCAGCUACCCAUAUUCCCAGCUGGCUCAAACCACUUUUUGGCUCCAGGCGUACUUUUCUCAGCCAAUGGUUGCUGCAGCUGUCAUUGUCCACCUGGUGACGGAUGGGACAUAUUAUGGGGACCAAAAACAGGAGACCAUCAGUGUGCAGCUGCUUGAUACCAAAGAUCAGAGCCACGAUCUAGGCCUCCAUGUCCUGAGCUGCAGGAACAAUCCCCUGAUUAUCCCUGUGGUCCAUGACCUCAGCCAGCCCUUCUACCACAGCCAGGCGGUACGUGUGAGCUUCAGUUCGCCCCUGGUCGCCAUCUCGGGGGUGGCCCUCCGCUCCUUCGACAACUUUGACCCCGUCACCCUGAGCAGCUGCCAGAGAGGGGAGACCUACAGCCCUGCCGAGCAGAGCUGCGUGCACUUCGCAUGUGAGAACACUGACUGCCCAGAGCUGGCUGUGGAGAAUGCUUCUCUCAAUUGCUCCAGCAGCGACCGCUACCACGGCGCCCAGUGUACUGUGAGCUGCCGGACAGGCUACGUGCUCCAGAUACGGCGGGAUGAUGAGCUGAUCAAGAGCCAGAUGGGACCCAGCGUCACAGUGACCUGUACAGAGGGCAAGUGGAAUAAGCAGGUGGCCUGUGAGCCAGUGGACUGCAGCAUCCCAGACCACCAUCAUGUCUACGCCGCCUCCUUCUCCUGCCCUAAUGGUACCACCUUUGGCAGUCAGUGUUCCUUCCAGUGCCGUCACCCUGCACAAUUGAAAGGCAACAACAGCCUCCUGACCUGCAUGGAGGAUGGGCUGUGGUCCUUCCCAGAAGCCCUGUGUGAGCUCAUGUGCCUCGCUCCACCCCCCGUGCCCAAUGCAGACCUCCAGACCCCCCGGUGCCGAGAGAAUAAGCACAAGGUGGGCUCCUUCUGCAAAUACAAAUGCAAGCCUGGAUACCAUGUGCCUGGAUCCUCUCGGAAGUCAAAGAAACGGGCCUUCAAGACUCAGUGUACCCAGGAUGGCAGCUGGCAGGAGGGAGCUUGUGUUCCUGUAACCUGUGACCCACCUCCAUCAAAAUUCCACGGGCUCUACCAGUGCACUAAUGGCUUCCAGUUCAACAGUGAGUGUAGGAUCAAGUGUGAAGACAGCGACGCCUCCCAGGGACGUGGGAGCAACAUCAUUAAUUGCCGGAAAGACGGCACCUGGAGUGGCUCCUUCCAUGUCUGCCAGGAGAUGCAAGGCCAGUGCUCGGCCCCAAACCAGCUCAACAGCAACCUCAAACUGCAGUGCCCUGAUGGCUAUGCCAUAGGGUCGGAGUGUGCCACCUCGUGCCUGGACCACAACAGCGAGUCCAUCAUCCUGCCAAUGAACGUGACCGUGCGUGACAUCCCCCACUGGCUGAACCCCACACGGGUGGAGAGAGUUGUCUGCACUGCUGGUCUCAAGUGGUAUCCUCACCCUGCUCUGAUUCACUGCGUCAAAGGCUGUGAGCCCUUCAUGGGAGAUAAUUACUGUGAUGCCAUCAACAACCGAGCCUUUUGCAACUAUGACGGCGGGGAUUGCUGCACCUCCACAGUGAAGACCAAAAAGGUCACCCCAUUCCCUAUGUCCUGUGACCUACAAGGUGACUGUGCUUGUCGGGACCCCCAGGCCCAAGAACACAGCCGGAAAGACCUCCGGGGAUACAGCCAUCGCUAAGGAAGGACAAGGAGUUGUCAAAGAAUUCCCAACGCCAGGACCCGCAUCCCUUUGGUAUUGAUUUCACAGUCAGCUGCUCAAUGGAAUGGCCUCUCCACACCAGGGAUCCUUAGCACCCAACCGGUCUGCCUUUAAUUUUACCCAGGAAGGACUCACAGUGGGGUGAAUGAACCAAGUUUCGCCAUGCUGGAUGAUGAAAUGGAUUCCCAUCCCAAAGUCUGAGAUGGAUUGCAUAUACAGUGUGCAGUCCCAGAGCCUCCUAAAAUUCUAGCCAUUUGUCACACAACCACAGCAAGAAACAUGUUCUAUAUCUAGAGUGUGCCCAUCUGUGGUUAGUACACAUGCAUGCAUACACACCCAUACAAACAUCUGUGUGAGGGCAGUUCUGGAGAUGAGCAGAGAGAGACUGGAAUAAACUCAAUCUUUUCUUUCCCAAGCUCCUAGCCAACUAUCCUUGGGAGAAAGAAAUUUGCAGAAACUGCUAAGACCAAGUGUGGAGAUGUCAAGAUAGUUCACACCCUGAGGCUCGGAAUAUGUAGGACAUGCACAAUUGUACAGUCCUUUGGGAUUGGCAGUGAAAUAGUCUGUGAUCACCUAUCUUCUAGGGAACUAGGAGCUAGGAAGAGGUAAAGAUUAUAAGGUAUGCAAAGCGCCCCAAUUCUUCUGCUGGCAUGGGGGAUUUUACCCCAACUCCAGGGUUCGAGGCCAAUCUGAGAAUGGCUUAGGAUUGCAAUGUCAAGGUAUUAUGUCAGCCCCUUGCUUGAGGCUUGAGGUAAUAAUAUCCCUCUAGGACUUACCUGUUCCCUCAAAACUUGCCUUGGGACCACAUUUGCUGCUACUUUUCCUGCUGCUCUAUCCUAUACAUUGAAUAAUCCAAGAUGGUAGAACUAGGUUAGAAAAAAUCCCACACAACCAAACAGUCUGCCUUAAAAGUGACCCACAUUUUUCCAUAGCUCCUCACUUUUUAGCCCUUCUGCAAGAGAAAAACCCUUAUGGGUCCACAUGGUGAGAAGUUAAGUUUCCUGUAAGUGGGCCUCUCACCCUGGAAAGGAGUUGAGGGACAUCAGAUGCUGGAACCCUCACUGAAAGUCCAGAAUGUCUAAGCCAGUGUUAGAUUUUGUAAACAAGUGGAACAGUGUUAAAUUUCUAUGAUGUUGGAGCCAUCCAGAGACUAUUGGAAUUGUUGAGACUCUUGGAUUAUUAUCCUUAUCCUAAUCUUCCUAGCCCUUCAGGCUAGAGUAGGCUUUGGUCCUGAGAACUUCGCUGUUGCUCUGAGGAGAUAUAAUUCUGGGAGAAAGAAUCUUUUAUAAGAAUAGUAUACAUUGUUCUCGAGAGGGCCAUCGGAAGCCAAAGAGUUCACAGCCUCAGCACCAACAACUCAACAUGGUCAUCGUGUUUUCUAUAUGGUUUUUCCAGCUACCAGUACUCCCUUCCAUACCUGUGACUGGGCAAUGCUUUUCUCUCUCCCAUGUCUAGCCUUCAAAAGUUAAGUGAAAAUUAGCCAAUUGUAUGUCGAAGCCCCCACCACUUUGGGGAUCUCUUUGUUUCUUUUCAGCCAGGUACUUGUCCACUCCCUUUGAAUUAAUAUGGGAAGAAAUUAAUACAGGAUGAACUGGAGAGAAAGGUUGAGUGUGACAUGCUUUCUGAAACCUGGAGCUGGGAAUUGAGGUGAAGGGAAGGUCUAGACUAGUUAUAUCACAUAGGGAUUACUGUAAAUCAAGUCAUCUCAAGUCUAGUGAAGACAGCCAACAGAAACAAAACCUAGCAUAGGGAUAGAAAAUAUCACGCACAUGUGCAGCCUCACCUAACUCCUGCAUCCAAGGCAGGUGUUGUUAAUCUAUCAUAGUCUUUUUUCAAGAAAAAAAAAUGGGACCAAAAAUAACUUUAGGAACCACCAUAUUAUAUCACUCCCAGUAGCACUUAACUGGUGAUCAAAAACACUUGAGAAGACAUCUAUUGGCCAUCUCUGGCCAAUUACAUUAAGAAACAUAUCGCCGAGCGCGGUGGCUCACGCCUGUAAUCCCAGCACUUUGGGAGGCCGAGGCAGGCGGAUCACGAGGUCAGGAGAUCGAGACCAUCCUGGCUAACACAGUGAAACCCUGUCUCUACUAAAAAUACAAAAAAAAUUAGCCGGGCGUGGUAGCGGGCGCCUGUAGUCUCAGCUACUUGGGAGGCUGAGGCAGGAGAAUGGCCUGAAAUAGGAGGCAGAGCUUGCAGUGAGCCGAGAUAGUGCCACUGCACUCUAGCCUGGGUGACAGAGCGAGAAUCCGUCUCAAAAAAAAAAAAAAAAAAAAAAAAAGAAACAUAUCAAGGUGCUUUUGGCACAGGUGCCCACAAAUACGGAUGCAGUGCUGAGAUAGUUUAUGAGACUUAUACCAUUUCACAAACUCUGAAAUUGGGUUCCAUAUUGGCAAGACUGCCACAGUUGUUAAGAAUAAUCCUCUAUGCUUCUUCCUCACAAAACCAUAUCUCAUUUAUAUCCAGACCAUUACUUCACUGUAAUUAUAAGGACCAAUUAUUAGCAAGAAAUAAGAAUAAUAUUAGAAGAAUCGAUCCUAUUCUGAACCCCUCUCCAGUAUCUUCGCACUCUUGCCAACUCUCCAGGCCUCUCUCUUGCCCUAGCUGAGUUAUUAGCCUGUGUGAUGUUAACUUAGAAGAUACAAGCUAAGAAAGGUAACAGUAUCAACCCUCCCAGUUGCUUAAUUAUACCCAUAGGUAAUACAAAAAACUUUGAAGACCCAAAGAUGACAUUACUAAUGAUGUGAUUUCAGGAGCCACAAAAGAACCUUACCAGCUUCCCUCAAAUCAGUCCUUAUCCUCUUUCUAUCUUCACUCCCAUCAUCAUCUAUCCCCACACUAUCCAGCUAAGCAAAGAUUCCUGGAGGCUGACUUGUAUCUUCAGACUCACAGAGUGAAUUCAGCUCUUCUGAAUUAAGACCCACUCAGUCUCUUUCAUUCAGACCUGUUGCUAACAAACAUAUAUUUGCCAAGGAUAUUAGGCAAAAGAGGCUACUUGAUUGGUGGCCAACCUCAUGCCCACGUGGAAAGUAUCAUUAAUAGGGUCUUUUCAAACCUUAGUGGAGGAGUGUCAGCUCAAUUUGAGCAAUGUAUUUAUUCCCAGUUUCAUUUUCCUCCUGGGAAUUAACUCAUCGUUUCAUUCCUUCAGUCAUCUUCUGUUUAGGUGACCAGAGCACUGAGAGGCAGCUCUGAUGCACUAUUGUGUAUCAGCAGCUCAAAGGCCCUAAAACACUGAAGGUUCUGCAUUUGAAGUAUUAGAUUGUUAGCAGUAAAAAAGAAAAGAUGAGGUGGACAGUUCUCUAAGCCCUAUUUAGGGAACCUUUUCCAAGUCACAAUGUUAACUACCUACCCAAAAGAUUUGCAUUGCCCCCCCCGAUUCUGUGCCAAUAACCUUUUAAGGAAAUACAGUCUUUGGGAAAUCAGUUUCAAUGGUGAAUUGGGGUGUCAAGGAAGGGAAAGAUUAAUGGUCAUAGAUGGUAGGGCUUUGAAAAUGUAGGGUAUCAGCUGCCACUCCUGGCUUCAACACAUUGAGUCACUGCCUAGACGGUUCUCUUGGUCUUAUUCCCACCUUGGCCAAUGCUUAAAUGCUAUUUGUUGAAAAUAAUUCUUUGAGACACAUUUCAGCUACCUCCCUUCCAGGUUCGAUUUAACUUGGUUGCAAUUGUCAAUUUGUUAUAGGUGUUACCUGUGUGAAAGAAAGAAAGGAAAGAAAGAAAGGAAAGAAAGAAAGAAAGAAAGAAAGAAAGAAAGAAAGAAAGAAAGAAAGAAAGAAAGAAAGAAAGAAAGAAAGAAGGAAAGAAAAGGAAGGAAAGAAAAGGAAGGAAGAAAAAAAAGGAAGGAAGGAAGGAAGGAAAUUAUAAGGUCAAGUUAACAGUUUUGAGGUUUUGUGUUUUUUUCUGGAACUACUUCAAGUGAGAAAAUAAAAAAAAUGGUGACAAAGCUGUACAGAUAGAGAUUAAUAGAAGACAAAGAGAUUAAAAGGAAAUAAAAAUGCAUGAUUAAAAAAUAAGAAUAAAAAACCUAUUUUUAUGUUUCCUAAAGGAAAUUGUUUAUUCUACAGACUCAGUAGGUAGACACAAACAUAAACAUUUCCCUAGAAGACAUAGAGUGGGAUUUGAUAACACUGUCUGUUAUUUUCUGUACAUUGUGGUAGGUCCAGGAAAUAUGGCAUUUUCUCCCUUGAUGUGUUAUUGUUGUUGUUGGGGGGGUGGGCAUUUUGUUUAUUUGUUUGGUGGCAAUCAGUGGUAGUAGGGAGUGGGAGGGCUUGAUAUUGUUUUUUCCAGAUAUUAAGGGGACAUAUUGUGUCGUUGUGCUUUUCACGUUAUAAAAUGUUUAUAUUUACCAGUACAGCACUGGGCUUUAUAAAGACUGCACUCAGAACCACACUGCACAGUCCAGUUUUUUAAAAAGCUGCUACAUGACCAGACAGGUAAUCCCAGUGAGUUUUGAGAAACAAAGCAAACGAAGUAAACAACAAACAUAAAAACCAAAUAGCAAAUGAAUAAAAGCUUGUUCUUGUAAUUUAUUCAACUUUUGCCAAUUCCUAUGAAUCACUUGCUUUUUAAAAGAAAUGUAUAAUAGCCAAAAGAGAAAUUAUGUCCCUAUUGUAAAGAACUUAGAAUUUUUGACUCCAGGCAGCAGUUUGCUCAGUGAUCUUUAACAAGUUAUCCAGUUGCCUCUACAUUUGCAUCAGUUUCUCUAGCUGCAAAAUGGGGAUAAUACUAUAUACCUACCUCAGAGUGGGAGGGCAGGAGAUUUUGAGGCCCUGAGGUUUUAGGUGGGCUGUGAGGGCCAACGCUUGACACAAAGUCCAUGGAUUAUUAUUCAAGAAUGCACAGGCCCAUUGGCCUUUUCAGAAAGACAAGGAGUGCUUGUUUGAUAUUUCAAGGAAUAAAGCCGGAGCUCCUGAAUUGUAGUCCAUCUUAAAAGAGAGACCUGUAUUGGAGAAUAUUUUAUUGUUUUGGCAGAUUUGAUCUUACCCUUUACCAGUUUUAUGAUUUGGUUUAAAGCUGAUUAUGUCCUACAAUGUCAAAGUCAGCUAACUGUUGUCUACUUAAGACUUCCGGUCAUUUUUAACUUAUAGAGGAAGGGAGUCUCUAAAAUCUCUUCUUCAGAAGGCACCUCACUUCUCAGACUUAAAAUUCCACAUCAAGUGUUCCAUUAAAAGAAGAUAAGGCAUUCUGAGUGCAAACAAAUGGGGGCUUCUUAAACUACACACCAGCAGUCAGUGAGGAAACCUUUGAACAAUUAUUGAGUUGCUUUCUUGGGUCUCUAUAAUCAAUAACCUGUCUGCAGAUAUCUAUCUAUAUAAAGAUAUUAUAUAUAAAUAUAAAUUUACAUAUAUAUGCACAUGUAUAUAUAGUUGUACAUAUAUGUGUGUAUAUAUAUACUUAAAUGUAAUAUUUACAAAAUAAAACUGUGAUCUCGUCUAGAGAAAAUGUAUUCAUAUUACAAACUGCUCUUCCAUAUUUAUGUAUCAUAUUAUACCUUUUUAUUAUUGUUAUAAUUAUUAUGGGUAUUUCUAAUUAAUAUGAUGUUGAAACCUGUUUGGCACCUUCUGGAAGCUACCAAAAAAAUGACACUCCAUUGAAGUGCUUAAAAGCUGUUCUCAUAAGAAUUCUACUGGCCUAUGGUAAAAAAGAAAAAAAAAAAAAAGAAAAAGAAAAAAGACACAAAGAAAACAAUCUAAACACCAAAAACUAAACACAAUUCCAAUCCUUUCUCUGUACCUCACGCGCAUAAAUUUGCUGCUCCUAUGUUUGUUUUUUUUUUCUGUUUAUGUGUUUUUAUGGAUCUAAGUUAAAUCUUUUGGCAAUAUAUAAAAAUGUAAAUAGUAAACUUUAUUUAUUAAGAAUGUCAUCUUUUUUUAAUUUAUAUUUACACAAUUGUUCAUCUAAUUUAUUUUUUCUAUACAGUUUUAAAUACUUAGACAUAUUUUACUGUUCAUGAUAUUUUUAUCCUGUUCUUGUGGAUUUGUUUUUCCAUACUGUUUUCUCUUAUCUCAAUUACAGGUUGGAUCUCACAAAUAAUAAUGUCAGAGACAGAAAUAUUUUGCCACUGUUGAUUACUAUACUUUAAAGUUCUAUAUUAUGAAAAUAUAUAAUAGCUUGUAUGCUUCAA